UUAAAUUCAGUUGCCAAUUGGCCGCGAUCAAAUCCACAACUGCUUACGGGUCUUGAAAACUAAUCGGUCAAUCCACAACUAAAUGUUAAAUCGAAACUUCAAAUCCUGAUUUAAAUUACUUACUAAAAAGUUAUUCAAGAAAAAUAUAAUGUGCCACCUGACCGGUCGUCUCAUCUGGUCCAGUCUCUUUGUGGCUGUGAUGGCUAUCAGCACUCUAAUUGAAGCUCGGCCACAGAGGAAUCUGCAGCACAUAGCGGUGGUGGAGAAUGCUGCCUGGGAACAGACACUGCCCCAACAGUUCCAGAAUCCUUUCUACAAGACGCCUCGGGUGAGGGAUGCCCUGGCCAGGUCCAGUUGGUUCGGACCAGGCGAAGAAGUGGUCUAUGAUCGUCAAGCUGAAAAAAUUCCUCGUAUGGAAAUCUACAACGUCCUGUCCCAUGCCGGCCUAAUACCACGCCGGCGUUUUCUCUAAUUUAAGAAAUCACUUUUUAUUUUUUAAUCAUCACUUAAAUCCACUGUAAACCAUGUGAAAAUAAAAAUCAAAGUCAUUAGUUUAGGAACCUAA